CUUGCACAACUUCGCAAUAUUAAUCGUGCAGAAAAUCCCACUGCUCAAAUCUAUGGCUUCGCCUUACAUUUUCAUUCUAUUCUGCUGUCUUUCAUUGACUACUGUCUCCUCGCAAACAGACAAUUAUAUAGUCUUCAUGGAUAUAUCAGCCAGGCCCAAAGCCUUCUCUAGCCAGCAUACAUGGCAUCUGGCCACUCUUUCUUCUGUAUUUGCAGUCUCUAAAGCCAGAAGCACCACCGUUACUGCUUCUUCUUCAAAGCUUCUCUAUACUUAUACUCAUGUCAUCAGUGGUUUUAGUGCUCAUCUCUCUUCUGAUGAGCUUGAGACCUUGAAAAACUCUCCUGGGUAUAUUUCUUCAAUCAAAGAUCUGCCUGUAAAACACGACACUACCCGUUCACCCUCUUUUUUGGGCCUUAGUUUGAAUUCUGGAGCAUGGAACGUGUCGAAUUAUGGUGAAGAUGUUAUUAUUGGGGUGGUGGAUACUGGUGUUUGGCCUGAAAGUGAGAGCUAUAGCGACAAAGGAAUUUCUAAAAUUCCAAAAAGGUGGAAAGGAAAAUGUGAAAAUGGCGUCCAAUUCAACUCCUCUUUAUGUAACAAUAAACUCAUUGGAGCUCGCUUUUUCAACAAAGCUCUAUUUGCUAAAAAUCCCAACAUCACUCUUUCUAUGAAUUCUACACGCGACACUGUUGGCCACGGGACCCACACCUCGAGCACUGCAGCUGGAAAUUUUGUCGAAGGCGCUUCAUACUUCGGCUAUGCUCCGGGGACCGCCAGUGGAGUGGCUCCACGGGCCCAUGUAGCCAUGUACAAGGCCCUGUGGGAAGAAGGCUCUUAUAUAUCUGAUAUAAUUGCUGCCAUUGAUCAAGCAAUCAUUGAUGGGGUAGAUGUAUUAUCCAUUUCACUGGGAUUGAAUGGGUUUGCUUUGUAUGAAGACCCAGUUGCCUUGGCUACAUUUGCAGCCAUAGAACAAAAUAUAUUUGUAUCAACAUCUGCCGGAAAUGAUGGACCUUUCCGUGGGUCACUUCACAAUGGCACACCUUGGGUGUUAACUGUUGCUGCUGGAACCAUAGAUCGUGAAUUUGAUGGUGUUUUGACACUUCGAAAUGGAAUUUCAGUCACUGGCGUAGCUCUCUAUCCAGGAAAUUUCUCUUCUAUCCAAAUCCCAAUUGUUUUCAAGGGCGAAUGUUUCGAUCUGCGAGGCUUGAUUGAUGCUAAGCAAAAUAUUAUUGUCUGUGAAGAGGGGAACACUAGCCUAGAGGACCAAUUUGAAAACAUCGGCAUUGCAAAUGCCACUGGAGCUAUUUUCAUAACCAACUUCAUAGACCUUGAAUCCUUCAUCCCGACCCAAUUUCCAGCAAUAUUUAUAAAUCCAAAAGAUGGAGAAACCAUCAAAAGUUACAUCAACAGUAGUUCCAAACCACAAGCAAACAUGGAAUUCAAGAAAACAAAUCUGGAUAUUAAAAUAGGUCCAAGUCUUACUAGCUACAGCUCAAGAGGACCAUCCCUAAGCUGUCCAUCCGUGUUGAAGCCUGACAUUAUGGCUCCAGGCUCUCUAAUCUUAGCUGCAUGGCCUGAAAAUAUUUUAGUGGAACGGAUCAAUGCCAAUGGAAUAUUCAGUAACUUCAACCUAGAGUCUGGGACAUCCAUGGCUUGCCCGCACGCAGCAGGAGUAGCUGCACUCUUGAAGAAGGCACACCCAAAUUGGAGCCCUGCAGCUAUCAGAUCAGCGAUGAUGACGACUGCUGAUACCAUAGAUCACACACCUGGCCCUAUCAAAGAUAUUGGCUAUGCAAACCAGCCAGCCACUCCUUUAGAUAUGGGAGCAGGCCAAAUUAACCCCAACAAGGCGCUAGAUCCUGGGCUCAUUUAUGACGUGAACUCAACUGAUUAUGUGAACUUGCUCUGUGCAUUAAAUUUCACCAAAAAGCAGAUCCAAAUUAUCACGAAGUCACCUUCUAACGAUUGUUCCUCUCCAUCCUUGGACCUUAACUACCCUUCAUUUCUUGCCUACUUUAAUGCUAGAGACUCUGAAUCCAAUUUGACCACUAACCAAGAGUUCCACAGGAUGGUAACCAAUGUGGGAGAGGGAAUGUCAACUUAUACUGCAAAUUUGACACCCAUGAAAGGAUUAAAUAUUAGUGUUACUCCUAGUAAGCUGGAGUUCAAAGCCAAGAAUGAGAAGCUGAGUUACAAACUGGUCAUACAAGGUCCAAGACAGAUUGAAGAGGAUAUAAUUUUUGGUUAUCUUAGCUGGGUUGAUUCUAAAGCUAAACAUGUGGUCAAGAGUCCUAUAGCUGUCACAAGCCUGCUCUUGGAUACACUUGGGUCUUAGAAGAUUCAUCUAACUUUGUAUAUUUUAACCAGAUAAUUAAAUGUUAUCCAAUGUUGAAUAAAAUUAUCCUUUACUUUAA